GUCAGCGACUCGCCGGCGGCAGCCCAGAGGCACCAGGCGGCGCCGCCCCUGCUCGACGCCAGCGGGCGGCAGCCCCUGCCGAGGGCACCGCUGGCGCCGGCCGGACCCCCGCCGCCGGUAGCCGCCCCGCCGCUGCCGCUGGUGCCUCCAGGCCCUGUCUCGGACUACAUGAUCUUCCCGCCUCCCGGCGUGGCCUCCCCGACUGGGCUGCCGCCCAUGCCCCCGCCAGUGCCCUACCUCAACCCGCCGCCCCUGCUGCCGCCGCACUUCGGGGGGCCGUCCUUCGGGUGGCCUGGGUUCCCCGGGACCAUGCCCUCGCUGUCGCUGCCCCCGUUCCCCGGGACCAUGCCGUUCGCCUCGCCGCACGGGCCGCCCUUGAUGCCGCCGCCGACCGCGCCGCCCAGAGGCCUGGACUUUGCCCAGGGCUGGUGGCCCCCGCUGGGCGUCGGCGCCGCCGCCCCGGUGGACUGCGGCGGCGGCGGCGGCGGCGAGACCUGUGCCCCCGGGCAGUCCACCGACGCCAUGAGGAACAGGCGCCGGCGGGGCUGCAAGAAGGCCCGGGACCCAGACAGGCGGGAGGAGGACCCCCUGAACGGGCUGCCGGUGUGGGCCUUCGUGGACCUGGGCGAACUCGUCAAGUCGGCGCUCGUCGCGGGCGGCGAGGACGGCGCCGAGGCCGACGCGGACGUGCGGGCCUCCGUGGACGCCUGA